AUGUCCAGCCCUCCAUCUCGUCUCAAAAACAUACUUGGACACCUUCUCUCGUCGUCAGCGCCGAAGAAGGAUGAGCCUCAAACAAAGCACCACAUUCACCAACUCUCUCCAACCUUCUUUCUCGAGCGUGCCGCGGCGAUAGAGCCAGAUGCCGAAGCCAUCUUCCACAUAACGGCCAACGGCCGAACUCUGCGACGGUCUUACAUUGAAUUCGCGGACAGAGCACGCGGCCUCGCCUACUAUCUGAAGAAACACGGCUUUAAGAGGGUUGGGAUUCUGGCGCCCAAUACUCCCGCCUUUCUCGAGUCCAUCUUCGGAAUUGCUGCGGCUGGUGGGGUCAAUGUGGGUGUCAACUACAGGUUGAAGCCGGAUGACAUCACCUACAUGUUCGACUUUGCCGAGGUUGACUCCAUCAUCGUCGACCACGAGUUCGUCUCUUUGCUCGACGAAUUUAAGGCGAAGCAUCCAAAUGUGCCCCUGAUCGUCGACACAGACACUGAUGCCACUGAAGGAGAGCUGAGUGGUCCUUUUGAUGACGCUGUCCUGGAGGGGCUGCAGUAUGACAGUCUACAUGGCCAGGGGUGGGCAGGGCUUCACUCUCAGUGUGGCAACGAGGAUGAUAUGCUCGCCAUUCCGUUCACCUCGGGGACCACGAGCCGGCCCAAAGGUGUUGUAUACACUCACCGGGGAGCCUACUUGGCCGCCAUCGGAAACGUCGUUGAAUCGGGCCUAAACUAUCACACUGGGCGCUGCAAAUAUCUAUGGACGUUGCCUAUCCCAUGGGCGGUGACGGCAGUGCGUGGUACACAUGUAUGCCUAAGAAAGAUUGACUAUCCUCUCAUCUGGAAACUCCUGAAAGAAGAAGGCGUCACUCACUUCAAUUCUACGCAGGCGGCACCUACCGUCAACACUCUCUUAUGCUCCGCGAAGGAGGCCGAGAAGCUGCCUCACGAAGUCCGAGUAACCGUGGCUGCCAGUCCCCCGAGCGCGCAUCUUUUUGAGCAGAUGACAAAUCUCAAUCUCUUCCCCGUCCACGUGUAUGGAAUGACAGAGACGUAUGGACCCAUCACCAAAGGCUACCAUAUGCCCUCGUGGGAGAACCUCCCAACCAGCGAGAAGUAUGCCAAAAUGGCUCGUCAGGGCCACGGCUUCGUGACGAGUCUUCCCAUUCGUAUCAUCAAGACGGACCAACCGGAAGGUGUCCUCAUCGAUGUGGCAAAGAACGGCAAGGAGAUUGGCGAGAUUGUGUUCUUUGGCAACAUCUGUGCCAAAGAGUACUACAAAGACCCCGAGGCAAGCAAGAAGUUGUUCGAUGGAGGCGCGCUGCACUCGGGAGACCUGGCAGUCUGGCAUCCGGAUGGAUCUGCCCAGAUCCUCGAUCGAGCGAAGGAUAUCAUCAUCUCAGGGGGUGAGAACAUCUCAUCGGUGGCCCUCGAGGGCAUGCUCGUCCAGCAUCCUGAUCUGCUCGAGGCGGCCGUCGUCGCGGUGCCUGACUCUCACUGGGGCGAACGACCUAAAGCCUAUGUGACGGUCAGAGAAGGCAAGACUCUGAAGGGGGAAGAUCUAAUUUCGUGGGCGAAGCACCAGAGCAGCAUCUCCAAGUUCAUGGUGCCUCGCGAGGUUGAGGUAGUCGACGAGCUUCCCAAAACUAGCACGGGGAAGCUGAAGAAGAACGUUCUCAGGGAGUGGGCAAAAGGGCGCAGAGAGUGA